GUUUUGUGCUCACGGGCCCUUGCGACCCAAGCCCCGGGCAACGACUGCCUGGUCGUCGUCGUCGUCCUGCCCUCUCUCGCCUUGCGUCCACAAUGACCCUGACGGAGUUUGUCGGCCAGUCGGUCACGCGUGCCCGUUUCCCUGCCGCCGCCUUCCAAUGAGCGCUCUCUUCCCCGCUUUCUACCACUAUGCCACAUCUCGACUCGACUACUUCUCCCGCGACUAAUUAAUUCUCCUUCAACACUACCGUCCGACGGACGACACUAGCCGUCGCACACUCAAGAUGCCGGGCCGUGGGCUAAUAUAUAAAAUGCUACGUGAUAGACGUGCCAAUGCGAGCAGGCUCGCUUUCCCUCUUCGUCAUGGCUGCGCUGUUGGGCCUCCUCUCGGCUUUCCAUCUGCUCCUCUUUGCCCGCGCAUCUGGCGUACCCACCCCUCAGUCAAUUGCAUCUGAUCUGUCCAUCAUCACUCACAAUGACCUCUAUGGCCAGGCUUCCAGUAGACGGGCUGCAAGCAUCCUGCUAAGCACCCCCUUCACCCAUUCUGCCGCUCGUUCCCAAUGCGCUGCUCUCGACACCACCCUCUGGAACCCCCACAGUUAUGCCCAAGACUCGGCCUAUCUCGAAUACCUCCGCUAUGCAAAACUUGCUGGUCCUGACUACCUCUUCUGGGUGGACGGCAACUCAACUUCACAGUGCACAGCAAUAUCCACUCGUGGCCAGCUGGGGCACUACCCGUGUGACAAGCACUUGCCUGUUUUGUGCUCAACCACGGCUGCUUCCACUUCCCUACCCCGCAUCGCCGUCACGACUAACAACGCUACCAUAGUUGGCCGUCGGGAUGACUCUUCCCCGUCAUUUCGUUUCUUUGGCAUCAAGUUUGGCGCCUUCCCAGCCCGCUUUACCUACUCGACAUACUUACCCCCUACGCCUGGUUCAAGCACAACGGCACUCAACUUUGCCCCCAUAUGUAUGCAGGUCUCGUCUGCCUCUCCAGACCCAAACGUCUAUGCUGAAGACUGCCUCUUCCUCAACAUAUGGACCCCAUAUCUCCCCAAUCCUGCAAACAAAACCCCCAAGCUCAAGGCCGUCAUGGUCUGGCUGCAUGGCGGCGGUUUUCUCACUGGAACAGCAAGUGAUCCUACUUUUGACGGCUCCUCUCUGGCAUCUCGAGGAGACGUUGUCCUCGUGACCGUCGACUAUCGCCUGUCCACCCUCGGCGGUCUUGCCCUAAGUAAUUCUUCCCUGACAGGAAACUAUGGUCUCGGCGAUGUAGUCACCGCCUUGGACUGGGUUCGUGCUCACAUUGGUGACUUUGGCGGCGACAAAGACAGAAUUACCGUCUUCGGACAGAGUGCAGGAGCGGCUUUGGUAAGAGCCUUGCUGGCAUCGCCAUUGGCACGAGACAAGUUUGCUCGCUCAAUCAUGAUGAGCAAUCUUCAGGGCAUGGCCUACGCGACACCCUUUUCAAACUACUCGACUAUUGCAGAACAAAACGGGCCUGCCCAGGCUCUCGUCGCUGAAGUGGGGUGCGGGCAGCUCCAGGGUGAGGAUACGGUCCAGUGCCUACGCAAGGUGGAUCCAUGGUCAUUGAUCAAUGCAAAAAACGCUGCCGGCUUCCCAGUCAUUGAUGGUAAAUUGCUAACAAGCUCCCUCCUUCUUAACCCAUCAGCACCCAAAAUAAAACAACCUGUCAUGAUGGGCACCAUGCACGACGACGGCUCGCCAUUUACAUCCUAUCCAACCUCCUCCAACCUCUCCGCGAUUCUAUCUUCUCAAGGCUACCCUGCUUCCACCAUUCUCGCCUCAAACGCCUUUCCUCUUCCAGAUAUCGCCAACAGUACGCUUGCCAUUUUCAACCUCACCUCAAGGGUAGCCACAGACGCCCAGUUCAGAUGUUUGGGGCAAAGCACUGCCUACACCGGAACCGCAAACCGCAUCUUCGACAAAGUCUACACCUACGAAUUCGACAGAUCCUUUCAACUCAGAUAUUGGAGUCCCAACCCCCCGGCCUGCGAAGCUCCCAUCACACCAGACCACCCGUUUGGCAACCCAAAUCUACCGUAUUACAAAUGCCACUCCGGUGAACUAACCACCGUCUUCGGCACCGUCGUCUCAACAGGCAGACCGCUCCGCGAUGACUACGAUAUUCCCUUUUCCCAAUUCGUCCUCGAUUCCUGGUCUGCUUUCGCCCGAACAGGAGAUCCAAACCCCGAUCCUGCCUUCUUAAAAGCUAGGGGUUUUACCAACACUACUGUCAUGCUUGAGGUGCAGGGAAUUUGGGAUCCGGUUGAUGUCAAGAAUCCAAUGCUGAAGGCGUUGGAUGUGGGUGAAAGGGGUGGUAUGACGGGGUUUAGAGAGGAGGCGCAGUGCAAGGCUUUGGGGUUUGGGUUGGAGUAUUACAAUCAGUAG